AUGACUCGCGUUCUUCUCACUGUGGCUUCAUCGCUACUCAUGUCCUCGAGACACUCCUUGCUCGUGGACACUCAGUUGUUACUACUGUUCGGUCCCAGAGAAAAGGCGCAGGCAAUCUUGACUGCGCACCCAGAACUAUCGAAGAAUCGUCUUGAUUGCGUUAUUGUGACCGACAUGGCUCGAGAGAACGCUUUUGAUGAGGUGGUCGUUUCAGAGCCCCCAUUCCAGGCUGUUAUCCACACUGCUAGCCCGUAUCAUUUCAAUGCCAAAGAUGCCAGGGAGCUCCUAGACCCAGCGAUCAUUGGGACCACUGGGAUAUUGAAGUCGGUACAGAAAUAUGCGCCGACUGUCAAGCGAGUUGUGGUGACAUCCUCCUUUGCUGCUAUCAACAAUGUUUAUGCAAAGGCCAAAGGGAAGGUUUACUCGGAGGCCGAUUGGUGUCCCAUCACAGUGGACCAAGCGAACGAUAAUCCAGCAAACGCAUACCGGGCAAGCAAGACAUUCGCCGAACGAGCAGCCUGGGAUUUUGUUGAGAAGAAAAAGCCCCAUUUCGACCUGAGUGUGAUCAAUCCACCUCUAGUUCUCGGACCUAUCGCGCAUAACCUGGCAUCACUGAGCGCCCUCAACACCUCCAACGAGCGCAUUCGCGACCUGAUCACUGGUACUGCCAAGGAUCGCUGCCCUCCAACAGGGAAUUAUCUAUACGUCGAUGUCCGAGACCUCGCACUGGCCCACGUCCUCGCUAUCGAAAAGGCUGAAGCUGGUGGCAAGCGUUUUUUCACUGUAUCCAGCCACUUCUCUAACAAAGAAAUUGCGCAAAUAAUUGGCCAAGAAUUCCCCGAGUUCCAAUCUCGUUUGCCGACUGGCGAGGCCUUGGUACCAGGUGACUACCCGACAGAUGGUGUGUAUGGAUUUGACAGUUCACGUGCGCGAGAGAUUUUGGGGUUGAAAUUCCGACCGUUGAAGGAGAGUAUUGUGGAUGCGGUAAAUAGUUUAUUGGCCGUCGAGCCGGAGAUUACUCAGUCUUGA